AAAAUUUAUAAACAGAGAUUAAAAAAAAUAGAUACAAGACUAAAGAACAACCAAAAAACAAUCAAACGCUGGACAAUAUCGAAUGAAUUUAUACAAAUUAAAGAACAAACAUAAAACAUACACAACACACAUGAAUUAGAUUUAAGUAAUUGAGUUUCCUUUCAUCAAAAAAGAUCGAUCUCCAUCAAAUCUAUGAAUCUCAUCACUGUAUAUGUUAUUAUAUGUAUCGCUAAAACACACCAAAAGAAUCGGUGUCACGACAAAUAGACGAGAAGAUGAUAAGAUGAAAAAACCCUCAUGAAUAUUCAAUGGGCAAGUUUCUAAUAUUUGAUAUUUUUAUUGUGAGGAUGUGAUUUUUCCAUCCAAUUACCUGUUACAAUUUUGGACUGAAUGUAAAACGCUCCGUUUAAUUAAUGUUGACCAGCUGUGACUAACUGGAGCUCUCUUUUAACUCAACCUCACAUCUAACCAGAGUUGACGAUUUCCCCAGAGCUCAAUCGCGAAGCUUCAACAGAUCAGAAGCUCACAAGUCACAAACCAACCAUCACAAAUCAACCAUGGAGGAGGAUUCUUAUCAGUUUCUCUUUGAUAGAAACAACCCUUUACCUUGUAAGAAGAAGGCCUUAUCUUGGGAAAAAAUCAGACCAAAGAGUGAGGAUAAAUAGUAUGGCAAGUCAUUGUGGCUUAAGGCUAGUGUUGCCGAUACUCCGGUUGGAUUUCAAACAGAUUGCCUGAAGGUCAUCUGCUAUCUUCUAGUGAUCUCUUAAUUCUUUAGGGAAGGAAGCAUACCUUUCGACGAAGUGCUUCUUCUUCAUGGAAUCAAUUUUGAGGAUAAAUGAGUCAAUCAGAUCUUCAGCUGUCGUAAGCAGCAUUCUCGAUAUCAGACACCCAGUUACGAUUUACGAACUCUCUCAUCAUCAUCUUGCAUAACUGAUCAAGAACAUCGGCAAGCAUUUUCAGAAUGAAGGAAACAGCGGCUUCUGCCAUGUUAUGUUAUGCUUUAUCUUCACACUGUUGGGGAAUUCAACCGGAUGCAAGCUGGGUGUUUCUUCUUUCUACUACUGGGGGCAGCAAGGCAGUCUGUUUGUUGAACCCGGCACGGGACAACCUGUUUGUAGAAAUUCCUCCGGUCUGAUUUGCAAAAUACAGACAUCCCUUCUGAGUUGCUACUACUCCAGUCUCCCGAUCCAAGCAGAGAAAAUUGGGUUCUCAAUUCCUAUUGCUGCGGAACAAGGUCACCGCAUGACAACAAUGGGAAACUCCCACUCUAAUAGUUAUACGUCCAAGACCAGUAUGCAUCGUUGCUUGCUUUAACGGUGGCCCAAAAAAGCGAAGGUAUUGACUUAAGUAGAUUUCUCACUUUCUCAGUUAUUUCUGGCAUUAAACAUUACGCGGUUGGGCUCGGUUUCCACUGCCUUUCCUCUUCAGCUUCUUUGUUCUUUUCUUGACACCUGCAUAGUGUGAACGGAGCUGACAUAGAUGCCAAAAACCUGUAUUUGACUCUAGCAACAUGGUUGUCCAUUAAUCACCAUUAGUUUUGUUGGUUAAAUAUACUGUAAAUUCUCGAUAGGCUCUGCAUUCAUUGGUCCUCUAAACAUACUCAUGAAGCCCAUCUGUUUUCUUAUUUUUGGAUUGUUUUUGCACAUUUUCGUGGCUUGCUUAGCAGUGGAUGGAAGCAAUUUCACCAGUGAUGAGUCUGCUCUGCUAGCCUUGAAAUCCCAUAUCACCAACCGCAAUCCUCAUAUCCUGACAAACAACUGGUCCACCUCUGCCUCAGUGUGCAGCUGGAUUGGUGUCACUUGUGGUUCCCGUGACCAUAGAGUCACAGAACUGAAUCUCUCUUACAUGGGUCUUGAAGGCACCAUUCCUCCUGAUAUUGGGAAGCUUUCGUUCCUUGCUUUAAUUUCCAUUAGAAACAACAGCUUUUAUGGUACUCUACCUAUUGAGUUUGGAAGUUUACGUCGCUUGACAUAUGUGGAUUUUGAAUUCAACUCCUUCGGUGGAUUGAUUCCAUCAUGCUUUGGAUACUUACUGGGUCUCCGUAGCUUGUUGCUGCAAGGUAAUCAGUUCAUGGGUACUAUCCCUUCGUCAUUACUUAGCCUGUCGUCAUUGCAAACAAUUGAUCUCAGUUAUAAUGAGCUGACGGGAUCCAUACCCUUCAAUUUAUCUGAUGCUUCUUCACUGAGAGUUAUUGAUCUUGGGUUUAAUAGACUAUCUGGUAGAUUACCAGUGGAUAUGUUCAAUCACCUUCCAAGUUUGCAAGAAUUUUCUUUGCCUGGGAAUCAAUUGCAAGGUCCAAUCCCUGGUGGUUUAUUCAAGUGCAGGCAACUACAAGUUCUGUCCUUGUCUUUCAAUAAUUUAUCUGGGAAUGUACCAAGAGAAAUUGGGAACUUAACCAUGCUCAAGAAGUUGUCUCUUGCACGUAACAACUUUGAAGGAAGCAUACCAACCAGUAUUGGAAACUGUAGAUUGCUCAAGGAAAUAGAUCUCAGUGAAAACAAAUUGACGGGUGCAAUACCACUUGAGAUUGGUAACCUUUCCAAUCUAGAGAGGCUGAAAAUGGACAGUAACUCUUUGUUCGGCGUUAUUCCAUCUAUGAUCUUCAAUAUUUCUAAAAUGGAAGCUAUCAUGCUACAUGCCAACCACUUUUCAGGCAAUCUUCCAUCAACAUUUGGCUUCUUCCUUCCAAAUCUUUCGGAGCUUCAGCUUGGGGAAAAUAAACUCGAGGGAGUAAUCCCCAGCUCGAUCGCAAAUGCUUCCAAGCUUGUUCUCUUGGACUUAUCUGAUAAUUCAUUUUCUGGCGUAAUUCCUGGUGCACUUGGCAGUCUUGAGCACCUCCAAGUGCUUAAUCUCGCCAAUAACAACUUGACUAGCGAAUCUUCGAGUCCAGAAUCAAGCUCUGUCUUCUCAUUAACAAAAUGGAAGUAUUUGAGAAAAUUGAUACUAUCAGGUAAUCCCCUUGAUAAUCUCCUUUCAGUUCUGGUGAUCACAAACUUUUCUGCAUCUCUUGAAUACUUUUUGGCGAGUAAUUGCAACAUUAGAGGUACAAUUCCUGGAGAGAUUGGCAACUUUAGCAGCUUGAUAGCCUUAAACUUGGGAAGCAAUGAAUUGACUGGAGCAAUUCCAGAUACACUUGGAAGAUUACAGAAGCUCCAAGACUUGAAUCUCCAUGGCAACAAUUUGCAGGGAACCAUCUCAUACAGUCUUUGUCAUCUCGACAACUUGGCAUACUUGUCCUUGGGUGGUAAUAACCUUUCUGGAUCAGUACCUGAAUGCUUCGGCAAUCUUACAAGUCUGAGAAAUCUCAACAUAAGCUCCAACAGAUUAAUUUCCAGAAUACCCAUGACAUUGUGGACUCUUAAGGAUAUUUUAUUCAUGAACAUGUCAUGGAAUUCUUUGGAUGACUCUCUCCCGGAGGAUAUUGGAAACCUGAAAGUUGUGACUCAGAUCGAUUUAUCGGGCAAUAAGUUAUCUGGUCAUAUUCCAGAAAGCAUCACACGGCUCCAAAAUCUAGUUCUUCUCUCCUUGGCCAAGAAUGAAUUACAAGGCCCUAUUCCUGAAUCAUUUAAUGGUUCAGUAAGCUUGGAAUUCUUGGAUCUAUCUUUUAACAAUCUCUCUGGGGAAAUUCCCAAUUCCAUGCAGGUCCUAACAUAUCUCAAACAUUUUAAUGUCUCUUACAAUGGACUACAAGGAGAAAUUCCCGAUCAAGGACCUUUUGCGAACUACUCACCUCAAUCAUUCUUGAAAAACAGUGGACUUUGUGGUGCUCCGAGAUUUGAAGUCACAGGAUGCAGAUUGAGCAAUCUUCCAAGGUCAAGGAAAGAUGUUAUUCUGCCACUAUAAAUUAUUUUACCAAUAAUUGCAGUCUUGUCAAUGGCACUUUCUGUCAAAUAUAUCAGGAGAUGCCUCCAAAGGCAUGAUAGGACCAAAACAGAAUCAAAUUUGAAAAGUUUCGAUCAAAUACAUUGGAGAAGAUUCUCAUACCGAGAUCUUGUGCAAGCCACUGAUGGAUUUAGUGAAAGUAACCUCCUCGGCAUCGGGAGCUUCGGUAGAGUUUACAAAGGAAUAGAUCACUACGGGAUGGAUUUUGCAGUCAAAGUGUUCGACGUGGAACUAGAAAGAGGAAUAAGGAGUUUUGAGGUGGAAUGCCAAGUAAUGCGCUAUUGUUCUUUUCACCGAAAUGUUGUCAAAGUCAUCAGCAUCUGUUCCAACCUUGAUUUCAAGGCUUUGGUCCUCGAGUACUUGCCCAAUGGGACACUUGAGAAGUGGCUGCAUACUCACAAUUAUAAUCUAGAUAUCCUUCAAAGACUUAACCUGAUGAUAGAUGUAGCGCGAGGACUGGAGUAUCUCCAUUUCCACUGCGCGAAACCUGUCGUUCACUGUGAUUUGAAGCCCGGAAAUGUCUUGCUGGAUGAAGAUAUGCUUGCACGUAUAAGUGACUUUGGUCUAGCCAAGUCCUUGAGUGAUGGUGAUGUUAUGCAAGAGACCACCACCCUAGGCACUCUCGGGUAUAUUGCACCAGAAUACGGAUCCAACGGACUUGUUUCAACCAAGAGCGAUGUGUAUAGCUUUGGGAUCAUGAUGAUGGAAACUUUCACUGGAAAAAGGCCCAUUGAUGAAAUGUUUGCCGGAGAAGUCGACUUGCGGUGGUGGGUAAAGGAAUCAAUAUUGCUUGAUGCAAUAGACAGAGUUGCAGAUGCUAAUUUGCUGCGAGUCGGGGAUGAAUUAUUUGAGUCUGCGACGAAAACUUGUAUCAAAUCCAUUUUCAAUUUGGCACUCAUUUGUUCUGCAAAGUCAGCUAUCCACAGAUUGGAUAUGAAGCAGGUGUUAACUGGAUUAGAAAGAACCAAAGCAGCCUUUUUGAAGGAUAUUGAAAUAGAUUAAAACUUCCUUUUAGGCUAUCCCUUAUUUGGGUAGUUAACUUGUAGAUAAGUGAUGGAUCGGAUUGCUUAAUGAAUUUUUAGACUAAUAUACCUUUUUUUCAGUAGUCUUUCGGA